AUGCACAUGCAUGUCACCAGUAUCAACCGGCCCUGGACUCAACAAGAUCUUGACAUUGGAUCACCAGAGUGGCCUAUUAUCUGGAGCACGUUUCCUGAUGGGGCGGACUGGUUCCUUGAGAAGGAUGUUGCUCUCAAUGCCCUGGAGAAGUGGAGACAUGAUAUGUGCACAGGAGCACCAGGCCAUUCGAAGCCCAUUGUCGAUGUUAUUGCUGAAAAUGGCAAUCAUGUAUUUGGCAGAUUUGGAAGACAUCUUGCUAAUGACUUCCUUUACUAUGCUGCAAAUUUCCCUGGUGCUCCUUGCUCCUGGGUUUGCUCUGAUGAUGCAUGCUUCUCCCACUUCACCUCUCGUAUUGUGAGCUAUACUCAGAUUUGGCAGUCUGCUGACUUUCUGAAACGAUGUGGCAUGUCAACCAACUCUUCCAAUCCUUUCGCAUUCAAUACAACAUCUGAUCGUAAUUAUACUGCUGGAUUUAUCUGGGUAUUCAGGAAGGCAUUUGUCAAGAUUCCACAGGACUUGUAUAACCAGUACCUACGAGAAGGACUAUUCAAUCCAACUCAUAAGAUAGGGGAUCCAUAUCAGUACACUGGACCGCUCUCUGACAAGCAGUUCAAGCGUAUUGAGGUGAACUACCAUGCUUACCUUGAUGCCUUCACCGUCAUAACAGCAAGAGUUCCAGAUGGGUGGAAGGAUGGACCAGUUCAAUCAUUCUCUGACUUCAAGGAAGCAGGGUAUAGUACCACCAUUAGGCCAGCGCAGUUCCAUGAAGCAAAGCAAAAUAUGGUAGAUCCAGACCAUGCCAUACAAGUUUGCUUGCGGCCAGGAAGACCAGCAAAGGUUACAGGGAAUGGCCCAGGGCAGAAGAGGAAAGCGCUGACAAGAGAAACUCUUGAAAAAAUGAAGCUACAGAAGAAGAGAAAACUGAUGAUUCACUCAGAAGAGCAAGAGAAGGAGAAUGAGCUUCCUAUUAUUGUUGCAUCACCAUCCCCUCCUCAAAGAUUGACCCACUCUCAUAAAUGUUAA